CCGGCCCGAGUAGCAAGUCACCUCCGCUCACCUCGGCGGAGCGCGCGCGCCCGACUUCAGUUCGCGCUCGGCCCGAGUCGUUGUGCAGCACGGGACGUCGGUGCAGCAGGCAAGCAGGCGAAGCGAAGCGGGCAGGCAGGCGGACAGGCAGGCUGAUGGGCCGGCCGCUGUCGCGAGCGCGGCCCGACGACGACGACGACGACGACGACGACACGCAACGCACGCAUGUACGCGUUGCUGCUGCUUCUGCUGCUGUUACCACCGCUGUUGCUGCCAGUGGACCCGCGUGCGCGUGAUACACGAGAGCGAGAGGGAGAUUGACGGACACACGUGACACACGGGAUUACCGCGUGCGCGGUGCUAAAACGACAGUGAGAUCGCGGGAGAGCGACGACGACGACGACGACGCUGUCGAGGACUCGGCCUGGUGGUGAUCCUCUUUACCCUGUAGGAUUUCGGAUAUCCAUUUUGGGAUUAAAAGUAGAAAGAGAGAGAGAAAGAGAGGACGCGGAAGAUCCGCCUGGCGAGUGCCACCGCAGGGAUUCCUGCGCAGGAACGGAGCGCGGUAUUAUGUCACACUCCCACGCGAGCGACGGCCACCGCUGCCGUUCCUAUCGCCGUCGCUUCUGCCGUCGUCGCUGUUGCUGCUGCUGCUGCUGCAAGGCCCAACAUCCUCGUCGCUUGACACUUCCGUGCAACGCUUGACGGAUCACACGCGCGCGCGCGCGCGUGCGCGUGCACCCUAUUGUGAAUGUUGUAUACACAGUGCACAGUCGUAUCAUCGUUACACGAGACGUUCAUAAUUUGACAGUGACACCUCCGCUCUCUCUCGCGCGACCCACGUUCGAUUCUUUUCCGGUGUUCCUCCCGCCGACUCUCGACUCGUUCCUACGGAUCGUUCGCCGCCUCAAUCAUCCGCUUCGCCGUCCAACUUGGAGCCCUCGUGGGAGUAAGGCGACAAAGGCGGUGCGCGUGUCCCGUCCCGGAGGUGAGACGAGACGAGGUGAGACGAGGCAAGGCGAAGGGAGAGACGAGACGAAAUUACCGGAGGAUCGCGACGCACGCAGGACGUCUCCGUCGGCAGGACGAUGCGCAUCGUCGUGAUCGCGAGUGUCGUUCUUACCGGUACCCUCGUAUAUACGUAGACACGUAGAGCGCGAGUGAAAAAUUACUGAAGGAAGAGAAAAGUGAAGAAGAGCGGGAAGAAAGAAAAAAGAAGAAAAAAAACGGAAGAACCAAGUAGGAAGGGGGAGGAAGAGAGAAAGAGAGAGAGAGAGUGUGUGUGCAUCGCAACGCGUGUGAAAUGGAUGGUACGCCAAAGAAAAUCGAAGCAGUACUAAUAUAUGGAUGCCCAUGGGUGGAACUUGGCCGAAAUGUGCCAGCGCUACCAUCACGCUAUACCGGCGGCACCGGCGACGCAGAAUUCCUCGCCAGCUAGGGAUCCCUCGGCUGCCAUCGCGCAAGGCCUGUCAACCGCUGCUCUCAUCGAUCAAGCCAGUCCGUCUUAUUCGCACUACACGAUGCUGGACAAUUAUGACAGGGGUGAGAUGACACCACCACCGGCGGUGAGCGGUUACGGCGGCUCGCCCGGGCUCCUGGCACUCCAUUCCUCGCUUUAUGCCACUCCCACGUCGAGGGCCUACGACAUCGACUCCGGCAUCGACGGCAACGACAGCUCCAUGCCCAUCGACACCCAAAUCAUCUCGAUACCGAGCAUGCUGAGCGGGCCGGCGCAGCAGCGGCUCGAGGACAUGCCCUGGCUGGCCUCCGGCCCGUCGCUGGAGUACCAACCGGGCAUCUCGCCGAUUCCCGCGGGAGUGAAGAUGUGCCAUCCCGGCGGCACCGCCCAGAGGAGCCUCAAGGAGCAACGGAUACGUCGCCCGAUGAACGCCUUCAUGGUCUGGGCGAAGGUCGAGCGCAAGAAAUUGGCCGACGAGAAUCCCGAUCUCCACAACGCCGAUCUCAGCAAGAUGCUCGGAAAGAAAUGGCGAGGACUGACGCCGCAAGACAGGAGGCCCUACGUCGAGGAGGCCGAGAGGCUCCGGGUGAUACACAUGCAGGAACAUCCGAAUUACAAGUACAGGCCGCGGCGUAGGAAGCACGCGAAACGGACACCCGGUGCACCGUCUUCGCCUCCCUCGGCGACCAACACCGUGAGCAACAGGUCCAACCCUACCGGCCCGGCGAUUCAUCAUUCCAUGUCCAAGAUGGACAGUUACCAGGGCAUGUCUCAGAUCCCGUGGGGUGGCCAUUCCCCGAUCUCAUCCCUGUAUCAUCAACAGCAGCAGCAAAGUAUUCAGGAGUACAAAUCGGAAAAUAAUUCGCUCUACGGCAGCCCUUACACGCCCAUCAUCCACAGUCCGGAUAUAUCUCCGGUGGCCAGUCCCGAGCCCGAUGGUGACGGCGGUCAUCUAUCGUCCGCUCAGAAUCCGGAUCCAGAACGAGACCUGAUGGAAGGUACCUCGAAGCAGCACGGAGACAUGAGCGAUCAGACGAAACGAUACACCUUUAUGAGCAGUGACAAUCAGUUGCACACGGGUCAUGCUGGUAACCCUAGCAUAUCAUCGUGUCAGAAUUCCGGCGGUUACACGGAUACCUUAACGUAUAAAAAAUCCGUGGGCUAUUUGAACUUCGAGAGACAGUCCACGAGCAUAGCCGCGGUGGGCAUAGCGAACGGUAUGAUGGUGUCGUGCAAUAAGCUACGCUCCGGUUUCGACAACGUUGGCUCCGUCACGGGCACGUUUUAUCCGCCGGUCGCCUCGCCGCACGAUCAAUCGCUGCAGCAUUACAGUGGCACGCAAACGUCCAAGAGCGCAACCAACUAUUCGAUGCAGCCUACCGUCGAGAGCAAUUACAAUCCGGUCCAAUGUCCCGGCGGUCGACAGCAGUCCAUCGGAAUCCGCGGAACCGCCGAAAGUUGUUCCGGCACAGUGACGCACCGAUACCAAAUGCCGCAUCAUCAGGAAUACCAAACGGACGCGUCGUCCGGCAGCGGCCAGCAGCAGCACGCGAUUCUCGGCGGUCACAUUGAUCCCGGUAUGAGCGCUGAGGAUGAUCAGCAGCAGACACUCCAGUUGGAAAAGUAUUUCAAGUAUUCCCAUCCGACGAGCGUGGCACACUCGAGCUUGUCCUCGCAAAGUAUGUUGGACAGCAACCAUAACUACGCCAGCGAUUUGCGCUACUACGGAGCACCACCGCAGUCUCAACUGGAUAUAUCGAAUUCUCAAUGCAUCGUCGACGAUCAGCAAGGCAACAAGGACGCUCGUUGCCCUAACGUCUCGAUCGGUCACGCCAUGGAGUACCAUCCGGGACUGGAGGUAUCCAAGUACGCGGACCAUUCAGUGACGCAACAGCAUCAGCAGCCGCAGUCACAGCAGCAGCAGCAGCAGGGCAUGGAACACGUGCCCAAGACCGACGAUGAUUUCAGUGUUAUACUUGCGGACGUGCGCAAGACUUGCUACAGUAGCUAGUGCUUCUUCUUCUAGUGCACAAAACGAUCCACGGGUUUUGAAUCGGGCCAACGUGCGAAUUUCAGGGACUCUCCUUUCGCUCACGGUCGGGAAGAACAGGACGCUUGUGUGCACAUUUUAAAUCAUCACGCGAUUGGUGCUACGCAAAGUAUAUCAAAGCAUUUUUAUCUCGUGAUAAAAGGUACGUUUUUCUCGUUACUUUUUUUUGGAAACAAUAUUUCAGUUUAGUCUCCACACGAGUAAAAGAUAUUCCAGUGCGGAAAAUAUUUAAUUUGCAAUUUUAUUUUUUGGAACUCUGUCUAUGAGUAUCCUCUGGGUAUAAGCACGAUCUCUUAUGGAUUUCAGUACAACUGAAAAUGCAUUCAUGUGUCGUACAAUCAGUCACGUACAAUUGUCGCCUGUCAACAAGUUGCGGAAAGCAAAAUUGCAAUAAAAAUAUAAUACGAACAAUGCUAAUAUGAUGGACAAACAACGAUAGACUUCUUGAUAUGAUCAAGAAUGUCGUCAUAUUUUGUUACAAUGAAUAUCGUUUUAUUGGAAUUUUUUACAAGAUAUUAAACUUCCUGGAUCUCCGGUAUCUUAUCUGCAGUCUGACACAAACACUUUAGGAAAACCGUAAUGAUAGGCGGCUGGUGGUGCACGGCUAGUGUAGCAUUACAAUUACAGAGAGAAUUGUAUACUCACAUAGAUGUCACAUUAUUUUGUCAUAUUAGUUUCAUUAUCAAAGAUAAUACAGUAGCAGAGAUAAUAGCGAUAUAGUGAGAGAUAUUAAAUUUAUAUUAUCAUAUUAGAAAACUUUCACAUGUCAAGAAAUGUUUUGCAUCAGUAAGUUUUUUCAUAUUUACUCCGAGAUAGCAGCAUUUACUUUUGAUGCUACACCACUGUCAGCUUUAUCGUCCAAAAGCUUAUUUUUAAUCGUCACAAACGAUGAUUUUACAUAAACUAGAAUGUAUGUUUUUGUAAAUAAAUUUUUCUUUUCUUGUUUAUCAGCAGGGUGACAUUUCUAGCAAUUUGUGCACAAACUGCACGUCAAGUUUCAUAGAAAUGCGAGUGGUGCAAAAUGUCUUCGAUGUGUAUAGAGAGAUGUGUAAAGAAUUUUGGGUAAAUUAUUAUUAUACUAUUAUUUUGCUAUUAUUAUAUUACCUAUUAUUAACACUAUUAUUAAUAUUAUUAUUAAUGUAUCGUACUUAAUAGAAUCAAUUAUGAACGAACAUUUAUCUGCAUAUAUUCUUCAAAGAAUAUCCUUCCAUGAAAAAGUAUAACUUGUUCUUGAUGCGCUUUACGUUGUUGUGUAUAUUGUUUCUUUUAUCAUGUAUGUAUGUAGCGCAUACGCAUAUGGUAUACACGAGGUAUGUAUGAGACAUACAUACAUAUAUAUUAUAUUGUAAAAUAUUAUAUGUUGUCCAUAUAUAACCACCUUCAUUUAAAAUAAAUUUCUCAUUGAGAAAUUUGGCACAUGA